AUGGAGACUGGAACUGUCUUCCUGCAGCUCCCGGAGAGCGAGGCCAGGAGAGCCCCUGAGGGUGAUGGUGGGAACGGGAGUGUGGACGGUGAUGCCACGAGCAGGAACCCCUUUGCAGGGCUGGUGAGCCACCUGCGAGCAUCCUGGCUUUCUGGCAAGACUCGGCCCAUGGAAUACCGUGUGGCCCAGCUGGAGGCCCUGGGACGAUUCCUGGAUGACAAGAAGCAGCAGAUCCUGGAGGCCACUGCCUCUGACUUGGGCAAGCCACCCUUUGAAACUGAAUUAUCUGAGAUCAUGCUGUGCAAGAACGAGCUCCACGAGACCCUGAACAACCUCUGCCACUGGAUGAAGGAUGAGCACGUGAACAAGAACCUGGCGAUGCAGCUGGACUCUGCCUUCAUCCGCAAGGACCCCUACGGGGUGGUGCUCAUCAUAGCGCCCUGGAACUACCCCAUCCAGCUCUUCCUGGUGCCCCUCAUCGGGGCCAUCGCUGCUGGGAACUGUGUCAUUGUCAAACCCUCAGAGGUGUCCAAGAACACAGAAAGAUUUGUGGCAGAAGCACUGCCUGGCUACCUGGACAAGGACUGCUAUGCUGUGGUGACCGGGGGUGUUCCAGAGACCACCAGGCUGCUGGAGAACAAGUUUGACUACAUCUUCUUCACUGGCAGCCCCCCGGUGGGGCGGAUCAUCAUGACGGCCGCUGCCAAGCACCUGACGCCGGUGACGCUGGAGCUGGGGGGCAAGAACCCCUGCUACGUGUCGGACACCUGCGACGUGACCAACGUGGCGCGGCGCGUGGCCUGGGGCCGCUUCUUCAACGCGGGGCAGACCUGCAUCACCUGCACCGCGCCCGACUACCUGCUCUGCACCGUAGAGAUGCAGGAGAAGCUGCUCCCGGCCCUGCGUAAGGCCAUCAGCGACUUCUACGGCCCCAACCCCCGAGAGUCCCUGGAUUUCGGCCGCAUCGUGAGCGACAAGCAGUUCCAGCGGCUGCGGGCGCUGCUGGGCAGCGGGCGCGUGGCCCUCGGGGGACAGACGGACGAGGCGGAGCGCUACAUCGCUCCCACGGUGCUGGUGGAUGUGCAGCCCUCAGAUCCCAUCAUGCAGGAGGAGAUCUUUGGGCCCAUCCUGCCCAUCGUCGUCAUCGCCAACACGGAUGAAGCCAUCGACUUCAUCAACAGCCAGGAGCGGCCCUUGGUCCUCUACGCCUUCUCCUCCAAUGACAAGGUGGUGAAGCAGGUCCUGGAGCGGACCAGCAGCGGUGGCUUCUGUGGCAAUGACACCCUGAUGCAUAUGACACUGCCCUCGCUGCCCUUCGGAGGCAUUGGGAACAGCGGGCUGGGGUUGUACCACGGGAAGUUCAGCUUUGACACCUUCUCCCACCACCGCGGGUGCCUGAAGCGCGGGAUGGGCCGGGAGCCCCUCAACGCCCCACGCUACCCCCCCUACAGCAGGAAGAACUUUGGGCUCAUCCAGGCCUCCUCCACCGUGGCACGGAGGAGUGACUGUACCCUGCUCUGAGAUCCGCACAUCCCACCCGCAGCUCCGCACUCAGCACAGCUCCUGCUGCCGGUCCCGCUGCCCAGCUGCAAUGAGAGGCGUUUCUCCACGUCCUGUGUGCUGCCCUUUCACCACCCUGCACUCCUGCCCACCCCAAAAGUCUCGUUUCCCUCCGUCCCAGUCCCACAUCCCCUUUUUCUGGCUCUUUGGGGCUUUAUUUCCACUGGUACUACCACAGCAGCAUCGCGUACUCCACCUAGAGAUCCACAACAACUCCCUGAUCCCAAAUCCUUCAGCUGGGAUGAUCCUGGUUUCUCCUGCUCCAUGAUCACAGUUUCCUUUGCCCCAUGAUCUCGGUGUCCUUUGCCCUGUGUUCCCAGUUUUUCUUGCUCCAGGAUCCCAAGUUUCCUUUGCCCCAUGAUCUCAGUGUCCUUUGCCCCAUUAUCCCGUUUAUCUUGCCCUUUGAUCCCAGUUUCCUGCAUUCCAUGGUGCUCCAUUCUGGGGAGCUGCUUGUGCUGGUAAAGGGGGAUACCCAUUCCUGCUGGGCUGUGGGUUCUCCUGGCUGAAUCCCACAGGGAUCCCCCUGUGGGGGGAUGGAGAAAAUUGGACAAGGGAGUUGACAUAAAGACAGUUUAAUAGGGAAUGGGAAAUGUUAAAAAUUACAAUGUAAUAUUGCAUUUAUGUGCUAGCCCAUGCAUGCUAAUAUUGACCAUAAAUAUUCGAAUACAGUACAGUGUAUAAUUCUAUUUAGCUGUUCAUUAGUAUAACACAAUCUAUUGGUUUAAGUAUGUACCAUAUAGUUUAUAGGAAUAGUGGUGUGAUGAAUGUAUUAUAUUGUAGGCCUUAACAAAAACACAAAAUGUUUAGAAUGCUUCUAUGCGACUGAAAGAAUGGUGGGAAAUAAUUAUGUUGGUUCCCACAUCUGGGGACUGACCUCUCCAAGAUACAAAACAGUGGCAAAGCAGAGCACCGGAGAAGAAUCAUGGAAGAAUUUGUUAACCCCCUCAUCGGAGGAUGUGGAACAAAAGGAUGGAGACAAGAAGAAACAAAACAUAUCUCACAGGAUGUUGUGCAGUAAAGUUAGACCAUAGAGGAAACAAAUCGAAGAGUUGCUGAAACAUCAAGAACUCACAAGAAUGUCUGAAUAACGCAUGGAGCACAUGAAUACGUAUGUACUUGGGUAAUGUAACAGUAUAUAGAUCACACUCUCUGACUUUACCGGUGCGCCUUUUGGCCAAAAGCCAAGGGCACCCCAGCCCCGGUUGAUUUUUUUUUUUCCUUAUUAA